AUGUCAGAUACUCAGCUUCCAAGGGAAGGUUCGGACACCUCCCUCAACACGGCUGCAACCACCAUCAAUGGCUCCGGCCUGGCCUCGCCCCGAAGCAGUACAGACUCCCGCCCUUCCAUGAACCAACACCGCCCGUCCCAUCUGCCUCCUGCAAACCAUUCACACCGGCAGAGCUUGAGCGAGACGCUGCGUGGCCCUCCAGGAUCGCCGCGUGCACGCCGACAGCCAUCCCUGAACCAGGCCGCCCUCCAGAGCUUGAUCGAUAACCCCCCGCCUCCAAAGACCGCCGACCCGGCUUUUGUUGGUCGGGACUGGCGAGAGAUCUCCAUUGGGGAGCUUGUCAGUCCGGAGGAUCUUCGCUUUGUAGAACUGGACACGGGAAUUGAAGAGGCAACAACUGUAAGAGUCCCAGAGUCCCUUUUACGGCGCAUUGAGAACUAA